AGUCGGAAGCAUAUUCGGGUUGCACGCCGGCUCUCUUCCUGUACAGUAGCUGGAGGGACCAGUGUCGCGGUGCGGAACGGCGGAGAGAAGCUCGGUGUGACGUCACCAGUCCGGUGUACCGCUCAGACGUGUCGCGGCCGGUUGAGGUUUGAUGGCGGGGAAUUUCUGGCAGAGCUCUCACUAUUUACAAUGGAUUUUGGAUAAACAGGAUUUAUUAAAAGAGCGCCAAAAGGACCUGAAAUUUUUAUCAGAAGAAGAGUAUUGGAAACUGCAGAUAUUUUUCACAAAUGUAAUCCAAGCUUUAGGAGAACAUCUUAAAUUAAGACAACAAGUUAUAGCUACUGCCACUGUUUACUUUAAAAGAUUCUAUGCACGGUAUUCUCUGAAAAGUAUAGACCCUGUGUUAAUGGCACCAACAUGUGUGUUUUUGGCAUCCAAAGUAGAGGAGUUUGGUGUUGUAUCAAACACAAGGUUAAUCUCUGCUGCUACUUCUGUAUUAAAAACUAGGUUUUCUUAUGCAUUCCCAAAAGAGUUUCCUUAUAGGAUGAACCAUAUACUGGAAUGUGAGUUCUACCUUUUAGAAUUAAUGGACUGUUGUUUGAUAGUGUAUCAUCCAUAUAGACCCUUGUUACAGUAUGUACAAGAUAUGGGACAAGAAGACAUGCUGCUUCCUCUAGCAUGGAGGAUAGUCAACGACACAUACCGCACAGAUCUCUGUCUGCUGUACCCUCCCUUCAUGAUUGCUCUAGCUUGUUUACAUGUGGCCUGUGUUGUUCAGCAGAAGGAUGCUCGACAGUGGUUUGCAGAACUUUCUGUGGACAUGGAAAAGAUCUUAGAAAUCAUCAGAGUUAUCUUGAAGUUGUAUGAGCAGUGGAAGAAUUUUGAUGAGAGAAAGGAAAUGGCUUCCAUACUUGGUAAAAUGCCUAAACCAAAGCCUCCACCUAACAGUGAAGGGGAACAGGGACCAAACGGAAGCCAAAGCUCCAGUUACAAUCAAUCCUGAAACUUCUGUUUAUCCAGUACUGGACCAAACUGGAUCAAGAUUUUGCCAUAGUGAUCAUCCACAGACUUUAUUGACUUAGUAUUCUUAAGUGGGCUACUCAGCCUUUCUUCUCCAACUCAGGAGAUAUAUUUUGGACCUUCACUGAGGUCUUAUGAUUAUGGGUACACCCUUCAUGAACCUCAAAGACAGCUCUCAAAUGAUUGCACAUUGUUUUUCUUUUGCAGAGUAAGAUGGAAGCAGUUUUCUGAUUUAAAAUAAUCUGAAUAUAAUUCUCAAAUGUAUUAAAUGAUGUUACAGUAUGUUCAUCUUCCUAAUUGCUCACUUUUUUUUUUCACAGGAAGUUAUUACCUGAUAUGCUGUUAUUAGAGAAAGCCAUGUGAUCUAUAUUAUGUCACGCAAGCAGUUUUCACUGUCAUAGAAUGUGUGAAAGAUUGUAUUUGUCUGUAGCAUAUGUAUUCAUAUUGAGGGUACCCAAACUACUGUGAUGGCUGCAAUUAUGCAGUGUGUUUUAUACAUUUCUAAAUCGUAUGUUUAUUGUGUACCACAGAUAGGUAUACAUUCAUACAGUCCCAAAGGCUUGACCAUACUAUGGCUUAUUUGUGGUGCUGUUGGUAAAUGGGCCCAUAUGAAUU